AUGUCGUGGCUUUCCAACCAGUGGAACCGCUGGAAUAAUACCAAUGCACAGAGAUCGUCGGAUGUAGAAUAUGUCGAGGUCAUCUAUGGCCGGCAACUGUACCAAGUUGCGCUGCCCCGCGUGCAACCGCGCGUGUUGCUCGGCCAUCUGCGCCAGGAGAUUGCGACCGUCUUUUCGAUUCCCGUGCAGCGUGUAAAGAUCCUCUUUCACGGGAUGGUGCUCAAAGACGACCGCGUGUCGCUGCAAGAGUACGGCCUGGAUACAGGAUCACGCGUGACGCUCGUCGUGAACGAGCCCGAGCAGGGCCACCAGCGCGGCCCGUCGCAGGGCCGCACGGGCGCGCAGCAGGCGCCUAUGCAGCAGGCGCCUAUGCAGCAGGCGCCUAUGCAGCAGCAGCAGCAGCAGGUGCCUCCGCAGGCGGCGCAGGGCGCCCCUACGCAGGUCCCGGGCCAGAGCGUGCCGCAGGCCGCGCCGGGCUUUGCCGCGGCAGGCACAGAGUACGCUCCGGACGCGCCGGCGCAGCAGGCACCGGUGCAGCAGGCGCCGCCCGAGCCGCAGCUCUCGCCGGAAGAAAAGCACCUCAAGCAGAUCGACGAGGUCGCCCAGCACGUGCGUGCCAACCUCCUCCCCGAGCUCGAGCAGUUUGAGCAGAGCGUUGCUGCGCUCCCUCAGGCCAAGCCGGGACAGCAGUCGGCCACGCCGCAGGACCCCAACGCGGUUCCCCCGGCGCGUAUUCCCAUCACGCAGCGCAAAAUCUCCGAGCUGCUUCUGCGCGAGCUGCUCAAGCUGGACGGCGUUCCGAUCGACUCUGCCGUGAUCCGCACCGCACGCAAGUCGACCGUGAAAGAGAUCCAGGCGCUUCUCGAUCGCACCGAUGCCGCGUGGAAGUCCGCACAAGAGACCAAGGGCAUCGUCUCGGAUAUUUAG